AUGCCAAACCCUGCCUAUGCCCCCUGGCUAGUCCAGGAUCAACAAAUCGUUGCCUACCUUCUCCGAAACCUCUCCAAGGAGGUCCUCGUCCAGGUGGCUUCGCUGGAGACCUCACAUGCAAUAUGGACGACGCUCUCCAACAUGUUUGCUGCGGUCUCCCUCUCUCGCGUCAACAAUCUUCGUGCUGCCCUCACCAAUGCCCAAAAGGGCACACAAUCUGCCUCAACAUACUUCGGCUAUAUGCGUUCCCUCUCUGACGAGCUCGCGACGGCGGGCAGACCUCUUGGAGAGCCGGAACUCAUCUCGUUCAUCGUCGCCGGCCUUGAUAUGGAUUACCAGCCACUUAUCUCCGCGCUUGAUGUCAGCACCGAGCCCAUCACGGUCGAUCUCCUUUUCUCUCUGGUGGCCAAUUUUGAUCAGCGGGUCGAACUAUACCACGGCAACAACGGAGGCUGGUUCAAAUCCUCAGCGAACUCUGCUUCCCGAGGCAGGCAGGGAGGCAGAGGUGGCUAUCGCAACCAGAAGAACGGCCCUGGCAACGGAUCCCGCGGAGGCCCUGGCAGCGGCGGCCAUUCUGGUGGCGGUGGUGGCCCUACUGGUGGCGGUGGUGGCCCUACUGGUGGUGGCGGCGGCUACCAAGGGAGUGGUGGUGGUGGCGGCUACCACAACAAUGGUGGUGGCGGAGGCUACUGA